UUACAGAGUUCUUGCAUUCCUACGUUAUAGGCAGCUCAACUCACGCCGGGGGCGGUGCUUGCUACUGCGCAUCCUGGUGUGUCUUGUUGUAAUCGCUUGUCGUAUAUUGCUACGGGAAGUCAUCAGUCAGGUAUGGGUUGAGACUUGUAAUUCUUACUGCAGAUUCUGUACAGGAGACUGAAAGCAAGAUAAAAGGGUCAAGAUAGUUGUCAUUGUUACUGCAGACCCUGUCCAGAAGACUGAAAGGAAGAUAACUAAGCCUUCUUACGUUCCAUAAAUUCCAAAGAGAAAAAUGAAGUGGCAGUAUAAGAGUGAUCUCCCUUUUGAUAUGAGGAGAGCUGAAGGAGAGAAGAUCCGCCAGAAGUAUCCAGAUAAAAUCCCUGUUAUUGUUGAAAAAGCUGCCAAAUCUCGAGUGCCUGAUCUGGACAAGAAGAAGUACCUUGUGCCUUCUGACCUCACAGUUGGGCAGUUCUGUUUCCUUAUUCGAAAGAGAAUACAACUUCGUCCAGAAGAGGCUCUCUUUUUCUUUGUAAAUAAUGUCCUUCCACCUUCCAGUGCAACAAUGGGCCAAGUCUAUGAGGAGCACCAUGAGGAAGACUUCUUUAUGUACGUGGCCUAUAGCAAUGAGAGUGUGUAUGGGAACUAGAUCGCAGGAUGCUGAAUUUCUGCAAAACAAAGUUUAAAAAAUGCCACAAAGUAUUUGAGAGUUGCCAACAUUUCAAAAGGGGAGAGCACUUUCAAAUUGUAGUGUUAUUUUUUGGAAUAAGGAAGAAGCAGCUAUGGAAAGAUUAGCAAUUGUGUAACGCCAUAUUGAAUUAGAGACUGCGGUGUUCACAUUUUUUUCUGAUUUUGGUUUGAUUUUUGAUUCAUAUUUCUGCCAGGUUAUAUCUUUCAUGGAUCAGGGAGGGUUCAAGACUGUAAAAAUGUUUUCACAAGGAAUGAAAAUGCCUUCUUGAUGCUCUUUGUUCAUCUAUCGUUGGUUGGGUUUGCAUUAUGUAUAAUCGAGGGAGUAAUUCAUAAGUGAAUAUCCUCACAAUCUAGGAAAAGUGCCUUGUGCAUCUCUGACAUUCACAUCCAUGUUUAUAACUGCUGUUUAAUGAACUUGAUGAUUUAGUAAUAGAGAGAGUAUUUUGCAUCAUUUCUUUUUGCAAAAGUACUCAUUGUCUCACACUGGUACCCUGUUAAUGAAUGCUUUAAAUAAGCAAAUCAUUUAAAUGCGUUCUUCCUUUCAUGAUGUUUUACAAACUUUGAUUUCAUAAAAACAUAUAUGAAUCCUUAAUGACAGACCAGGAAUCCACAGAGAGUCUUCAUACGAUAUUAACUAUGGCAUGCAAAGAGUAGAUUUUUAGCCAGAGUCCUGAUUAUUUUGAGCCUUAUAUGGAGUCCCCUAGUUGAUCACUGGCAGUUGUAUGCAAGCACUUAAUUUUAACAUUUUAUUAGCAAAAAAAGAUGUUAUUUAAAAGACUUGAGGUCAAAAUAGAAAAUAUUUAAGGAAUGUAACGCACCUUUUCUCAACAAAUGGAUGUAGGAACCUGUGAAGAACUCCACCCCCUUCCUCCAUACAGUAGCACACUGUACUGUUUCUGAUGCAGAAAGCAGACAUUUAAGUGUGGCUCUUUUCAGUAUUCAUAGAGCUGCAGUUUGCCCCCAUGUCAUCAUGGAGUAGAAGUAUGGAGCUGGAGGAUAUGUCAGUGGUACCCAAACACAUCAGCAUUUGUAGUAGUGGGGGAAAAAGUAGAUUGCAUUAAUUUUAAUAUUAACUAUGUAAGAUGUAAUAGUAUAGCAACAACAGAAUGCUUUCCUAUCUGAAUGUGUAAAUUGCUUUUAUUUACCCAGAAUGCCUUUUUACUGUAUACAGAGUUCAGGCGGAUAUUCACAAGGCAUCAUUGUGAGUAUAUGAGCAUAAUGGCAGUGUUGGCAUGUAAAAUAAAUUAAACAUCAGGAAAUGGAACUCACACUUCUGUUUUACAGAAUAAGUUCUAACUUCCAUCAUCAUUUGCAGUACAAAUGUUAAUAUAAUGUUAAAUAAAGGUGUUUUGCAAAUA